AUGAAGUCUGCGCUUACCGCUUCUAACACUAACAGCUGGAACCGCUGCUUCAUUCACCCAACCACCAACAAACCCUUCUCCUUCUCUCUCUCCAACACCAAUUUCCGCACACGCUGUUCAAUCUCCAUGGCCAACACCAUCAAAACCCACCACUUAUCAAACCUCACUCACACCGAACUUCUCUCCCUUAAAUCUCGUCCUCGAAUUGAUUUCACUUCCAUUUUCAACGUUGUUAAUCCCAUUGUUGAUGAUGUUCACAAUAAAGGAGAUGCUGCUGUUAAACAGUAUACUUCAAGGUUUGAUAAAGUUGAUCUAGAUAAGAUUGUUGAACUUGUUUCUGACCUCCCAGAUCCAGUGCUUGAACCAUCUAUAAAGGAAGCUUUUGAUGUUGCCUACAGCAAUAUUUAUGCAUUUCAUGCUGCUCAGAAAUCACCUGAGAAAAGUGUUGAGAACAUGAAAGGAGUCCAAUGCAAGAGAGUUGCAAGAAGUAUUAAUUCCGUGGGUCUUUAUGUUCCAGGGGGAACUGCUGUAUUGCCUUCAACAGCUUUGAUGCUUGCAGUUCCUGCACAAAUUGCAGGAUGUAAAACUGUUGUUCUUGCAAAUCCUCCCACCCAGGAUGGCUCAACAUGCAAGGAGGUGCUAUAUUGUGCGAAGAAGGCUGGGGUGACUCACAUUCUCAAAGCUGGAGGAGCACAGGCCAUAUCAGCUAUGGCUUGGGGAACGGAAACUUGUCCUAAGGUUGAGAAGAUUUUUGGCCCUGGAAAUCAAUAUGUCACAGCUGCAAAAAUGAUACUUCAAAACAGUGAAGCCAUGGUUUCAAUCGACAUGCCGGCCGGUCCAUCUGAAGUUUUAGUCAUUGCAGACAAGCACGCAAUUCCAUCUCAUGUAGCUGCUGAUUUGCUUUCCCAGGCUGAGCAUGGCCCUGAUAGUCAGGUUGUUCUCGUGAUUGCUGGAGAUGGUGUGGAUCAGAGUGCAAUUCAGGAGGAACUCAGCAAACAGUGUCAGAGUCUUCCAAGAGGCGAAUUUGCCGCGAAAGCACUAAGUCACAGUUUUAUCGUGCAUGCACGUGAUAUGCUUGAGGCCAUCACUUUCUCAAACAUGUAUGCACCCGAGCAUUUAAUCAUCAAUGUGAAAGACGCAGAGAAGUGGGAGAGUUUUAUCGAGAAUGCAGGUUCUGUGUUUUUAGGGCCGUGGACACCGGAGAGUGUCGGUGAUUACGCAAGUGGGACAAACCACGUCCUUCCCACUUAUGGAUAUGCAAGAAUGUAUAGCGGUGUGUCAUUGGACUCUUUCCUCAAGUACAUAACUGUGCAGUCUCUCACAGAGGAAGGUCUAAGAAAACUUGGACCAUAUGUAGAGACCAUGGCUGAAGUUGAAGGACUCGAAGCACACAAGCGAGCUGUUACUUUGAGACUUCAAGACAUAGAAGCAAGACAGGUUUCAAGAUAA